GAUGCACUGACAGUUGACAGAGUGUUAUUGCUGUAGAUGUGUGUUUGGCAUUCAUAUAGAUCCCUUUUUUUUAUUAGUAAGAGAUAGCCCCACCCCUUUAAGAACAGGGCUAAACUCUUAUGUAUAUAUACUUAGUUUAGCAGUUUGCAAAGCAGUAAGUCAAUCUCAAAUCUGCUACCAGUAGCUGGAAUACUACAGACAUUCUGUAGUAAACACACUAGUUUUACAACAGGAGUGUGUGCUAUUGCUGCUUUUACUCGCCAAAGGAGUUGGCAUAAGGUUUCAACUGUGAUCAAGAUGGGCAAUGAGCAUUCCAAAAACAAAGGACAUACCAACGAUAAGACCGAGCAGACUCUAGAGAAGCACCAGAAAGGAGGUUUGAAUAGCCAUGCUGUAAGCAUCUCAUCCGAUUGCCUGGAGAAUAAUGUUACCAGUGAAGCAGCUGUGGAGCAGAACAGUAAGCCUCCCUCACUGCCUCCCUCUGAAGAGACAGGUAUAGUGGAGGCAAACGGCAGUGGUCGUGCGCCUGUGGUGGUGGAACAGGAACCUGUCAUCAAGAAAGUUCUAGAAGCGGAACCAGAGACUGCUAAGACUGAAACCACACCGGCACCAAACCCCCAAAAGAAGGAGCCCAAGGAGAGUUCUAAAGAAAAAUUCAAGAAGAAAGCUAAGCCUCAACCCAUCCCCAACCCUGAUCCAGCCCUUGAAAAUGAGGAGCCCAUAAAGGAGAAAGCUGUGGAGGAGAGUAAGAGUUCCCCAGAAGUCCCUGUAACGGUGACCGAUGGGAUCCACGCUGAGCCACUUGCUGAGGUAAAGGAGGAUACAGGAUACAGAGAAGUGAAGCCUCCCAACCCUAGUCCAGAGGCAGAGGAGGUCAAAGGCCCCGGAAUUGGCGAGGAAAGCAUUCACCUUGAGGAAAACCAAGAGGGUGAGAGUCAAACAGAAGAGAAUCCAGUUAUGAACUUCUUUAAAAAACUAGUGACUCCUACCAAAAAGACCAAGCAAGAAACAGCCACCCCUGACGUUACAAAAGACCAAUCACAAAAAGAGGCCCAACCAACAGCAACAACUACGGCUGCACAAGUAGCGGAUGCUCCAGCAGCAGCCAAAGGAGGAAUGUCAAUCCCACCACCCCCACCUCCAGCCCCGGCACCACCUAAGAUGGAGGUCAAAGCAGAACUAGCUGCCCAACCUGUGGCAAACACACCAAAAGAAGAACCAAAGGAUGCUGCCAAAGAACCAGAGGCAGCCAAGCCAAAAUCUGACAGCCCGUUUAGCAAACUUUUCAGCAAAAAGGCAUUGCCAGGCCUCAAGUCUAAAAUCAAGGUUAAUUCAACAAGUGGAGCCAGUGCCCCUGCCAAGCCUCCUGCAGCGAAGAUAGAUGCCUCAAAGACGGCUACUCUGGAGGCCUCUGCCAAACCAAAACCACCACCGGCACCUGCACCGGAAGAGGAGAAGAAACCGGCUGCAGCCAAAUCCUCUUUUUCUCUUUUCAAGCCCAAGGACCUCCUAAACCAAAUGGCUUCAAAAGUCCAGACGGCUUCAACAAGUGGAGUCCGACUCCUCAAGAAACCUUUCAAAGGGGUUUCUAAACCCAAAAAGGAAGCCCCAGCCCCAGCCCCAGCCCUAGCUGCAGAAGCCGCAGCUGGCCCAAGUGUAGCCAAGGAAGAACCAAAGGCCCCAGAGAUCCCUGCUGUGGACAGCAAGCCAGCAUCAGGACCCUCAGAGGGUGGGGAGAAUUCCCCCGUCCUCCCUAAGAGGCUGGAGAAGAGGAACUCCAUCCACUUGUUCUUCAAAAACCUGGGGAAACGCCAGUCAGACGCAGGAGUACAAACAGAACCAGAGAAGACCAAAUAAAAAGGAAACACCCCUUAUUUGCCCCCCCAAAAUCAUUUGGAAAUGAACUUUUUAUUUGUUAGAUACAUAAUGUUUGGUCAUCUGAUCGCACUAUUGAAGGGAUGGUGGUAAGAGCGAGGUUCUUUGAGGGACAAAGGCUGUAGACUGGUCUGGUCUAGUCUUUGUGGAGGAUUUCAGAGAGUUGUUCUUUGUCAAGGAGGUCAAAUAUAUGUUUUGGUUGAAAGGCUUGAUAGGUAGAAAAACGUGUGGUUAGUGACUUGUACUGGGAGCAACAUCCAUUUUCUAUAGCCUGUGCUGUUAAACUUGACCUCUUUCUUUGUAAAUUAUAGAGUAUUUAACCUGGCUUUGACAGAUUAAUGUAUCUAAUGAUCUAACGCAAUAUAAAACAUUUUGCUUGAUUUCUUUCACUUUGUGUAAAAACAUAACUAGUCUGAAAUAACAUGUGGAGUACAUACAAUGGUUUCAGAUAAGUUCCUAGGAUGGUUUGUAGAAUAGAUGCAUAAAGCUCAGCUUGGAAUAGAGAGAUAAUAUUGGAAUAUACUCAACAUGUAAUGGAGGAGUUGGUGACAUUUUGAUUAUGUUUUCAUUAAGGCUAAACAUGUGCACUUUACAAUGUCCUUUUUAACUUUGCAGGAACUGUACAUGGAUGCAAAUAUAUCAUUUAUGAUAAAUAUAAUAUAUACAAUAUAUUAUAUAUAUAAUAUAAUAUAUAUAAUAUAUAAAUAUACAAUUUAUGAUUAUAAUCAUACACAGGGGGACAUCACAAUCGUUACGUUUGUUGGGCUGCACAUAUCAUCUGGUAGCCUAUAGAGCUAACAUUGCAUAGUCAGGAAUCAAAGCUGAUUAACAUUUUCCUAUGAGUUUUCCUAAGAAUGGCGGUAAGUUUUCAUUUGAUUGCACUGUUUUACAUACUGUAUGUGUGCCUGUAUGAACACUGUUAUCAUUUUUGGGAUCAUGUCUGUUUAUUUCUGCAUUUAUUGAUUAUAUAUAGAAUCUGCAAAUAGAUUAUUUCCUGUGCCAACCCUUCACAAAUAUAUGAUACCAUAACAUUAUAUUUGUUUUAUUAAAGCACUUUUUCUGUAACUGUUUAAAGAGAA